GACCUUAUCUAUCUGACACAAGGAAGUUCAAGCUCAUAUUAGAUUCGAGGCUCGAUGGGAAGUACCUGAUCAAAUCGGUUCAAAAGCUAGCUGUUGUGGCCGACAGAUGUUUAUUUAGGAAUCCAAAGGCAUGUCCCAAGAUGAGUGAGUUGUUAGAGCUGGUGACCAAGAAGACUGUGGAAGCUUUUACAGGGCACAGCACCCCGCAGCUAGUUCCGUUGAAUAGUCUAAAUGCUUCUAGAGACGGGGGAGGAAAGAACAAGAGGGUUUUAGAGACGAUGAACAAUGGUGAUGACGGCGGCGGCGGUGAAUGAGGUUCUUUUGGAAAGUUAUGGAACCCAAAGACCAUAGGAGCUUGUUGAUUGUUUAAAAUUUAACCUCAUCUCACGAAUAUAGAAGCAACUCUAGAAAAUCUCGAACCUAAAAGCAAAGAGAGUUUCUUGGAUAUGGGUGCUUUCCCUGAAGGCAAGAAAAUCCCAGUUGAUGUUCUCAUCAACAUGUUGGUCGAGAUACGUGAUCUCGAGGACGCAACUGCCUUUGAUGUUCUUGUUAAUUUUGCAAACGGGAAUCUCUUUACACUCGUGAAAGAUCCAACGUUUAUCGCUAUGCACACUAGCUACUAUGAUAUAUUUGUGACGCAGCACGAUGUUUUAAGAGAUGUAGCACUUCAUCUUAGCAAUCGUGGGAAAGUAAGUAGAAGAGAGCGGUUAAAAUAAUGCCAAAUUAAAAUAAUGCCAAAAAGAGAGUCAGUGCUUCCCAGAGAAUGGUAGAGGAGCAAUGAUGAGCCAUACAA